UCGUUCUGGAACCUCCAUCCAAUCACAACAUCGCAAAGUUCAGCUGCGGAAGAGAGAUGGCUGAACUUAGAUAGCCCUGUGUUUGGGAAUAUCUUCACCAUGGAUCUUCUCCGUAGGAAAGAGGGAUGCGAAGGACGACUGCUUGUCCUUGCAGUAGUGUUCUGGUGGUGUUUAGGAUCUGUGAGCUGUUUCGGACAGAACCUAGACAGCGAGUUCACGUUUCUGCUACAAGCCGGAAGAUCCGAGUGUUUCUUUCAAACAGCAAUAAAGAAUGGUACGAUGGAGGUCGAAUAUCAGGUGAUAGCAGGUGCUGGUAUGGAUGUAGACUUCACCAUCAUCUCUCCAGAAGGCAUCCACCUCAUCUUUGAGUCUCGGCGCUCUGACGGAGUCCACGUGGUGGAGCCUACGGUGGAGGGAGACUAUGAAAUCUGCUUUGACAACAGCUUCAGUCGCUUCUCAGAGAAGAUGGUGUUCUUCGAGAUCAUCAUCGAGGGUCAAGGAGGAGAUGUGGGUGGAGAUGAAGAGUGGCUGGGAGUAGAGGAGCCCGAUGGAAGCCUCCUGGAGUACAAGCUGGAGGACAUCCGGGAGUCCAUGGACUCUCUGCACAGACGCUUGGAGCGCAGCCGGCAGAUGCAGACGGUGUUGCGGGCUUUUGAGGCACGGGAUCGAAACCUUCUGGAAGACAACCUGUGGAGGGUCUCAUUCUGGUCCUGUGCCUGUGUACUGGUGAUGCUGUGUGUGGCCCUUACCCAGGUUUACACUGUCCGUAAACUGUUCGACGAUAAGCGGAGGGUCUGCACAUAGACAGAUUAUUUUGCAGGAGAACAAUCCAAUACAAGAUGUUUGGCUGGUUACCCAUUCAGACUAUGCUCCACUAUGUUCCAUUUAGUCUCCAUGAAUACCAGCAUUCAACAUCCGUGUUAGUGGAUCUUUUUUACUUUGAAAAUGUUGUUUUAGAUCGGUUUGUGAGCAAUAAUUAAAUAUGAUUUGAUCAUGAAGGGUAGCCAGGUGAGGAAAUUCAAAUUGGUUAUUUCUAUUUAUUUGUUUAAAAAAAUCACGCCGACUUAUUGGGACUUUAGCUUAUUCACCGUAAUCCCAGAGUUAGAUAAGUCCAUACAUACCCUUCGAAUCUCCAUGCGUGUUGAUAUAACUGUAACUCUGUCCGACGGCUCCACCAGUAGCUUAGC